GGCUCUCUCGGGCGGGGCUUGCAGUAAGGCUGUGUAGCCGCCAGAUGAUGCCCGAGACCGCGGCUCCGCAGGCAGUGCCCCGACAAGGAGGAGCCCGGCGAGCCCGCGAGUCCAAGACCCGUCCCAGGAGCUCCAGCGCACGUAACCUGCCACUGCCUCCUGCCGCCUCCUGCCCGCGCCAUGACCCAGCCGGUGCCCCGGCUCUCCGUGCCCGCCGCGCUGGCCCUGGGCUCAGCCGCGCUGGGCGCCGCCUUCGCCACUGGCCUCUUCCUGGGGAGGCGGUACCCCCCAUGGCGAGGCCGGCGAGAGCAGUGCCUGCUUCCCCCCGAGGACAGCCCCCUGUGGCAGUAUCUUCUGAGCCGCUCCAUGCGGGAGCACCCGGCGCUGCGAAGCCUGAGGCUGCUGACCCUGGAGCAGCCGCAGGGGGAUUCCAUGAUGACCUGCGAGCAGGCCCAGCUCUUGGCCAACCUGGCGCGGCUCAUCCAGGCCAAGAAGGCGCUGGACCUGGGCACCUUCACGGGCUACUCCGCCCUGGCCCUGGCCCUGGCGCUGCCCGCGGACGGGCGCGUGGUGACCUGCGAGGUGGACGCGCAGCCCCCAGAGCUGGGACGGCCCCUGUGGAGGCAGGCCGAGGCGGAGCACAAGAUCGACCUCCGGCUGAAGCCCGCCCUGGAGACCCUGGACGAGCUGCUGGCGGCGGGCGAGGCCGGCACCUUCGACGUGGCCGUGGUGGAUGCGGACAAGGAGAACUGCGCCGCCUACUACGAGCGCUGCCUGCAGCUGCUGCGACCCGGAGGCAUCCUCGCCGUCCUCAGAGUCCUGUGGCGCGGGAAGGUGCUGCAACCUCCGAAAGGGGACGUGGCGGCCGAGUGUGUGCGAAACCUAAACGAACGCAUCCGGCGGGACGUCAGGGUCUACAUCAGCCUCCUGCCCCUGGGCGAUGGCCUCACCUUGGCCUUCAAGAUCUAGGGCUGGCCCCUAGUGAGUGGUCUCGAGGGAGGGUUGCCUGGGAACCCCAGGAAUUGACCCUGAGUUUUAAAUUCGAAAAUAAAGUGGGGCUGGGACACACGA